UUCACCUCUUUACUCUCUUCUUCCCUCACACGCCGUAAAGUUCACACCUCAAAAAAUCCUCUGUUUUUUCUCUUCUCUCUGCAUUAAUAUGAAAGAGUAUUGGACAUCACUAGCAUCACUUCUCGGCGUCUUAGCUUUCUGCCAAAGCCUAAUCCAAUCAAUCUUCCCGCCCGAGCUCCGCUUCGCCUUCCUCAAAUUCUUCAACCGAAUCUUCCACCUCUUCUCCUCCUACUGCUACUUCGACAUAACCGAGAUCGACGGCGUCAACACCAACGAGCUCUACAACGCCGUCCAGCUCUACCUAAGCUCCUCCGUCUCCAUCGCUGGCAACCGUCUAAGCCUCACACGCGCCGUCAACUCCUCCUCCAUCACCUUCGGCCUCUCCAACAACGACUCCAUCGUGGACACCUUCGACAACGUCACCGUCCUCUGGGAACACGUCGUCACGCAACGACAGACCCAGACCUUCGCCUGGAGACCGUUGCCUGAGGAGAAACGCGGCUUCACUCUCCGUAUCAAGAAGAGAGACAAAGCCCUGAUUCUUACCUCGUACCUCGACUACAUCAUGGAACGUGCCAGCGAGAUCCGUAGGAAGAACCAGGACAGGCUGCUUUAUACAAACUCCAGAGGCGGGUCGUUGGACUCGAGGGGACAUCCGUGGGAGUCUGUCCCUUUCAAACACCCGAGCACGUUCGAGACGCUCGCGAUGGAUCCGAUCAAGAAGCAGAAGAUCAUGGAUGAUCUGAAGGACUUCGCGGAAGGACAGAUGUUUUAUCAGAAAACGGGCCGGGCCUGGAAGAGAGGUUACUUGCUUUACGGGCCACCCGGUACUGGUAAGUCGAGUAUGAUCGCGGCCAUGGCGAAUCAUCUCGGUUACGACAUUUACGAUCUCGAGCUCACCGAGGUUCAUAGCAACUCGGAGCUGAGGAAACUGCUGAUGAAAACGAGUUCCAAGUCGAUCAUUGUGAUCGAAGAUAUAGACUGUUCGAUCAAUUUAACGAACAGGAAGAAGAGCAGUGGUAGCAAUGCGACGAGGAGCUAUUACGACUUGGAGACGCGGCCAGGGGGGACUGGUUCGGGUGAAGAGUCUGGUAAUGGGAACACGAUAACGUUGUCGGGUUUGUUGAACUUUACGGAUGGGCUUUGGUCUUGUUGUGGAAGCGAGAGGAUCUUUGUGUUCACGACGAAUCAUAUCGAGAAGCUUGAUCCUGCAUUGCUUAGGAGUGGGAGGAUGGAUAUGCAUAUACACAUGAGUUACUGUGAUUUCCCUUCGUUGAAGAUUUUGCUGAGGAACUAUUUGGGGUAUGAGGAGGAAGAUGUGGAGGAGGACGUUUUGAAGGAGAUGGAGAGGGUUGUGGAGAAGGCGGAGAUGACGCCUGCUGACGUCAGCGAGGCUUUGAUCAAGAACAGGAGGGAUAAGGAGAGGGCGGUUAGGGAGCUGUUGGAGGAUUUGAAGAGUAGAGGGGAGGGGAAUGUGAAAGAUGGGAAGUUGAGGGGUCAAAGUGGAAAUUUGACUGAGUUGGAAAUUGUGGAGGAGGAAGAGAAGAGGGCUAUAGAUAGUCAAAAUGAAGAAGAUGAUAGUGAUGAAGAAGAAAUUGAGGUUGAGGAUAAUAUUUGUAAAGACUAGAGAAGAUCAACAAUGUUGUUUUUGGUUUUGUUUUUCAUGUUUACAAUGUAAAAACAAAAAUGGUGAAAAAUUGUGAUCUUUCUUCUUUUUCUUUUAUUUUGUUGGGUUUACGAUUUUUUUUUUUUUUUUGACUUUGGUUGUUGAAGAAGUAGGUGAAAAUGUGAAAAAGACAGAAUAAUAAUAAA